AUGGAUAUUCUCUUGCAACGGUUCUUGGAAAAUCUCGCGAUCUUAGCUAUAUUUCUCUUAUGUAUGUUUUGCAUAUGUAUGGUUCGUUUAAUUCUUGAUUUACAUCGGCAACAUGCUUUUGUUCCUCUUGAAAAAUCAAUUCUGAAGUCUUUGCCCAUUAGGGUUUUCAAACCAGAAGAAUUCAAAGAUGGUUUGAAAUGUGUUGUUUGUCUUUGUGAUGUUGUUGAAGGAGAAAAAGUUAGAGUUUUACCAGAAUGCAAUCAUGGAUUUCAUUUAGAUUGUAUUGAUAAGUGGUUUCAAUCUCACUCUACUUGUCCUCUUUGUAGGAAUUUAGUUUCUAAUGAAUCCUCUAUACCUAAUAGUACUACAAAUGCUCAAGAGAUCAAUGUGUCAAUAUGUUAG